AUGGCCGCCGGCGUUUCUAAUUAUGGACUUGGACCAACACUCUCGCACCUCUUCCCCGACAUAUCAGAAAAGGUCGUCUACCGCGCUAGCUGUUGCCUUACUCCAGCGCAGAAAGUGUACAGCCAGAUCGAGAAGGAAGCUCCUACUCUCAUAUUCGCUGAACAGAAAUUUUAUCGCUUUGUCCACGAACGACACUUCACCGUGAAGACCGAUCACAAAGUACUCGUUGCAAAUCUUGGAAAGAAGAAAGGAAUACCUGUCUAUAAUGGCAACCGUCUUCAGUGA